AUGGAAACUAAAAGUGCAGAUCUGUCGAUUGUUUCUGGAAUGAUUGGCAAUGACAAAUUAAUAUGUCAAUAUGUAAGAAAAGUCACCAAAAGGGGUAUUUGGCUUGGAGAUAAUCCCUUCAAUCACAUCACUUCUAUCAUAACAGUUCAGAUUGUUUUUAUGUUCAUUAUUGGUAGAAUUAGUUAUUUCUUGCUAAAGCCUUGUCAUCAGACCCUGCUCAUUGCACAGAUUGUGGCUGGAAUCAUAUUAGGUCCUUUAUUGCUGGGUACAAAGGAUUCAUAUUAUGAGCUGAUAUUUCCAACAGCAAGCAGAUUAACACUCACAACAUUUGCAGAAUUUGGCAUGAUAAUUCAUUUCUUUAAAGUAGGAGUGCAAAUAAAUCCCAUGCAGCACUUGAAGAUUGAGAAACAAGCAGUGGUAACUGGUCUAAUAGGCCACAUGUCUGCAAUGGCACUUGGCACUUCAGUUUUCAACAUUGUUAGAGUAAUGCAACCUUUGGCAAUUGAUGACCCUGGAACUUAUGCUUUGGUGGUAAUUAGUUCAGUGUCAGCAUUUCCUGUUAUAUGUGGUUUCCUCACUGAGAUGAACAUUCUCAAUUCGGAGAUUGGAAGAAUGGCAUUAUCCACUUCUAUAGUUAGUGAAGCAUCACAAGUUGCAGGACAACCUUCUUUCCUUGUUGCUUUUUGGUUUGGUUUGGUGUUACCUGAUGGUCCUCCUUUAGGUUCUGUGCUAGCACAAAGGCUUGACACUAUUGGUUCUACUUUGAUUGUUCCAGCCUUUUGUACUAUUAGUGGGCUAAGGACAAGUGUUCCUUCGUUAUCAAAAUCAAAAUCAAGUGUAGCUGUUAUCUUUAUUUCAGUGUUUAUAGGAAAGUUUGUGGGCACCCUUUUACCCUCACUUCACUUCCGAAUGGAAUUCUGGGAUUCUUUUGCACUGGCUCUAAUCAUGUGUUGCAAAGGCCUUGUAGAUAUUUCUCUUCUCAACAUAUUAUUAAACUCUAAGGCAAUAGGAGAACUAUCUUUCACUCUUGCUAUAUAUAUUAUGGUGGCUGUAACAGGGUUUGCAACUUUAGUUGUUUAUUACAUAUACGAUCCUUCAAGGAGGUAUAGAGCCUAUAUUAGAAAAUCAAUUAGGGACUCUCAGCAGGACCUUGAUCUCAAAAUACUUGUCUGCAUCCAUAAUGAAGAAAAUGUGUAUCCAAUCAUCAACCUUCUUCAAGCCUCCAACCCCACAGAGGCUACACCCCUCUCAAUCUUUGCCUUACAUCUCAUGGAGCUCUCAGGAAGGGCAACUUCAGUUCUUACCAAAACUGAGAACACCAAUAAGUCAUCACAACACAUAUACAAUGUCUUUGAUCAAUUUGAGCAGCAUAACAAAGGGUGUAUCACAUUGCAAUGCUUCACUGCAAUUGCACCAUAUGCAAGCAUGCAUGAUGACAUAUGUUACAUAGCUAUGGACACCAAAUCUAACAUUGUGAUCAUGCCAUUCCAUAAGCAAUGGUCCAUUGAUGGAAAUGUUGAGUUCUCCAAUUCUUCAAUUAGGACACUAAACCAAAAAGUUCUAAAGAAAGCACCUUGUUCAGUUGGAAUUUUGAUUGACCGAAGCCAAUUGAGUGGCAAACUUUUAGUGAUCUACGAAAAGCUAUUUUGUGAAGUUGCUAUGGUCUUCUUAGGUGGUGGUGAUGACCAAGAAGCACUAGCUUAUAGUUUGCGCAUGGCUCAACAUCCACAUGUGAAACUAACAGUUUUUUGGAUAAGGGUUAAAAUGCAAGUGAACCAAAGGAAUGUGAGGAACACUUACAUUGACUUGAUGGAGUAUAUGCAUUAUCAUACUAGUAAUAAAGGCAAAGUGACAUUCAAGGAAGAGAUUGUGGAUGAUGGAGCAGGAACAGCACAAGUUAUUAGAACCAUGGAGGGACAUUAUAGCAUGGUCAUUGUGGGUAGACAUCAUAUGGCAGAUAAUCCAUGUACAUUAGGCUUAACAGAAUGGUGUGAACUUCCUGAGCUUGGACCACUUGGAAACCUCUUAGCUACGUCAGAUUUUACUUUUUCAGUUUUGGUGGUGCAACAACAACCCCCCUUUAGCUAUGAAUUACGGUAUAUUAGGUGA